AUGUCUCUUGACGAUGUCCAGAUUCCAGACCUUGAAACCACAUACUCCAGAUUUCCCAAUGUUGACCACUCUGCUAUCAACGGCAGGGACUUCGGCAUCAGUGCCAUCGUCACUGAACGCCAGCUGCAGUUGGACGCGGUGUUGCACGAGAUCUCAGGCCUGGAAACUAUCAUGGAUAAUGUAAAGAAUCUUCACCAGCAGCUCGUCGACAAGAAGGAGAAGAUUAUGCAGUCCAUGAAUUUACACAAGGGGCUUGUAUCGACUCUCUGGCGUUUUCCAACCGAGGUCCUAGCCCAAAUUUUUCAUUACUGUCUCCCAGAACAUGUCUGGGAACACGAAUAUCAUGCAUGGGGUCGCUCGUACUCGUUGUCGUCCGACCCAAAGCGAGAUGCUCCCAUGCAGUUGGCCAGAGUCUGCCGCAGGUGGAGGGAUGUGGUGGUGGACAUGCCCAGUUUGUGGUGCAAACUGCAUUUGGGAAGUCGCAGAAACUCGAAGCAAUCAGCCUUUUGUUAUGACGCAUGGCUCAAGCGAUCCAAAGGAACUCCGCUCUCUGUAACACUCUUGUGCUAUAAAAAUGGCGAAACCAAACUACGAAGCGUUAUUCAGCCUUACAUCAGUCAGAUAUCGUCUCUCGAUGUCGAAUUCUUCGACGGCGCCAAUCCCGGACUUCUGUUGAAAGACAUCCCAGCCCUUCAGGAGCUGACAAUCAGGUCGCAUAAUAACGAUAUGCCAGCUGUGUCACAAUUAUCCCUCCGACUGCCAUCCACUCUGCACAGUUUCAAGCUAGUGGGGUUGGACCUCACCCUCAAGCGGCUAUCGUCUCUCGGCGCUAUAUUUGCACAACUAACAAAGAUCGAGGUCGCCGUACAUCACCCAAAUGCAUUGCUCCGCUUGCUCCAGCUCUCUCCCAACCUCUCGUCGUUGACGUUUAGCCUAGGAUCCGGGUUACUCAAACGGGCCUUGGAGCCGUUCACGCACGUUAAACUUCAUUCCUUGCGCAUCACCCAGGCGUAUGCGAGCACACUCCCCAAUCUGUUAAAUGCACUGUCACUCCCAAAUUUACGCGUGCUUGCAGUAGCUCACAGCUUACGAGCGUACCCUCACGAGGAGUUGAAGGCAUUGUUGACACGGUCAAAUUGUCCUUUGGAGAGCCUGACUUUCGACAGUGGAGUAACGACAGAUGAGCAGCGAGCAGAAUACGUUGCGCUGAUGCCCUCUCUUGAAAUAGUAGUUGAUCACACGUAUGAUGAUUACCUUGCCACUAUGUUGGAUCUUUCGUGA